UGUUUUUCGUUACUUUAUAAUAUAGUCAAGGACCACUGCUGUUAAUAUGUAAGGAAUAUGGAGUGUUAAAGGAUUUGUAAAACUAUAUUGUGAAUUGGAGAGUUUUGACCAGUAUUUGUGUCUGUGACAAUGACCAGCAGUGACCAGUCUCAGGUCCAGAGUCCGGUACUGGACAUGUUGAUGUGGUGGAUGUUUAUGUCCUGGAUGGUCAGAUACACUAUGGCCAAUCCUUGUCCAUCUGGUUCUUUCGGAGAUUUGUGUCAAUACAAGUGUCACUGCCAGUUUGGUGGCGCAUGUUCACCCACAACAGGGGAGUGCUUUGCCGGAUGCGAGGAGGGAUACAUAGGAAAACCUUCUUGUCAGAUAGAAAAUGUGGCGUUAGGAAAGAAAACUGACCAGAAUGGGGACACGACAGUAACGUCCAGUCUGGUGGUGGACGGUGACCGGAGGAAGGAUGGCUCCACGUACGCUUGUUCACGCGUGGUGGACACGAAAUAUCCCUUCAUUGCCUGGUGGUACGUCGACUUGGGUAGGAACCACAGUCUCAACAGAAUCAAGAUCUACUUCAGGGACGACUUGCCAAUCAAUAAGCCGAGACGAGAAGGGGUGAGGGUUUACGUAGCAGCCACGCCCUUUGAUUUUAACAGUAACUCAUUGUGUUACAAGGACGUUCUCAAGAAAGAUGGUAUAAUAGCGCCCCCGAAUGUGUUAGACCUGAAGAAUUGUUCCACCAGUGGGCGUUACGUGGUUGUAUAUAAUGAGAGACCUCUCGUAGACCCCCUUAACUGUCCAACGGCUACCUAUUCCUGCUGGGCUAACCUCGAGAUAUGUGAGGUGGAAGUUUAUGCGUGUACUGACGGAACGUUUGGCGAUAACUGUGACAACUUCUGUCACUGUAAGAACGGAACAUGUGAUCAAAAUACGGGCAUUUGUCCAGGAGGAGAAUGCCGGGAAGGAUGGAAGGGGGAGCAAUGUGACGUUGGUUGCCCGGAUGGAAAAUAUGGUAUCGGGUGUAAUGAGACUUGUGGGAGGUGUCGUGAUGGUGACGUAUGUGAGACUUUGUUUGGCACGUGCCCCAACGGCUGUGAGGCUGGCUUUGACGGUCCCGCGUGUAAGGAUGCCUGCCCAGACUUCACCUAUGGCCAGACGUGUCUUGGGAAGUGUGACAACUGUGCUAACAGUACAGACUGUGACAAGGUGACGGGAUUCUGUCCCGGCAGGUGUGACAGGGGAUGGCAUGGCGUCAGGUGUGACGAACGGUGUCCAGCUGGGACGUUUGGAAUUAAAUGUGACAAAAGAUGUGGUCAGUGCCGUGGUGGUGACCAGUGUGACAUCAACUCCGGCCAGUGUCCGAGCGGCUGUGAGCCGGGCUACGCCAAACCCUACUGUACAGGACAUUGUCCUAAAGGAACAUUCGGUGUAAAUUGUUCACGAAAAUGUAGCACAUGUAACACGGAAAUGUGCCAUCACGUAACCGGAAGUUGCAUCACAGGUUGUAAAGCUGGAUGGACAGGCCCCACUUGCCUUAAACCAUGCGGACAAGGACUAUUUGGUGAAAAUUGCGGAAGGUCAUGUGACCAUUGUCGUGACAGAAAGUGUAGUCACGUGACCGGACUGUGUGUGCAAGGAUGCGUAGGGGGUUGGCGAAAUCCUCGAUGUGACCAGAUGUGUCCACCAGGAACCUUUGGAAGUGACUGUAGCGCCGCCUGCGGCUCAUGUGCAAACAGCGGCCCAUGUCACCAUGGAAACGGUGUGUGUACUGAAGGAUGCGCUGACGGAUGGAAUGGUACUCGAUGUGACAAAGCCUGUCCGGACGGUACGUAUGGUCUACAGUGUGCUCGCCCGUGCGGUCAAUGUAGGAAUAGGACAGUCUGUCAUCAUGUGACGGGAUUGUGUGAGCUGGGCUGCUCCGAGGGAUUCGUCGGUCCUAAUUGUGGAAAGAAAUCUGUGAAUACCGAUGGCGAGGUUGUGAUUCAGAGUGCAAUCAUAGGUGGCGCUUUAGCCCUCGUCUGUAUCGUCGGCAUCAUAGUACUUGUCUGUUUAGCCAGGCAAUGGAGGAGGAAAUUGCGUAUUCAGAAGAAGAGGGGAACAGAGGCACCUGGAGAUUCAGAGGCCAAUGACGCCAACAUCCAGAAUACAACGUACCAAAACGCUAAUAUCAACAAUGGUUUUGUGGACCCGGAUAUUGACGCUGAUACAGACGUGGCGAGGUUAAGUGGGGACAGUACAACCUACGUCAAUAGCUUGACCAGCAUAUACUACAACGUGGGAGCGCAGCUACCCGGUGUGUCGCUCAACAACUACGCCGAAUACGUACAGGAAAUGCAGGAGGAUCAUUCUCGCUACGCGGACGAGUUCGAUGAAUUACGGAACCGUCCGGCAUACACUCACGUGGAAGGUCAGAAGAAACAUAACAAACUGAAGAACAGGUUCCUUACCACAUUUCCAUAUGACCACUCCCGUGUGAUUCUGAACAGGUUACCAUGUGAACCAGAUUCGGAUUAUAUCAACGCCAACUAUAUAGAUAGCGUUGAUUCCACGAAGGCAUAUAUAGCUACACAGGGUCCAAAUCGCCACACGAUAGGUGACAUAUGGAGGAUGGUGUGGCAGGAGAAAAUCGAGAGUAUUGUUAUGUUGGCGAACCUCGUUGAGGACGGCAAGGUAAAGUGUGAGUGUUACUGGCCUACAGUUCUGCCUGUAACCUAUAAUCACUUCACUGUAUCCCGUAUUAGUAAGACAGAGAUGGCCAUGUACACCAUCAGGACUUUAAUCCUUACAAAUACUGAGUUGUCAGAGACACGACAAGUGACCCAGUACCACUUCACGGGAUGGCCAGACCACGGAGUACCGGACACCCUGGAACUGGUGGCCUUCCUCGCGCGUGUACUCCGGGACAAUCCACGCAAGACAGAUGCCGUACCUCUUCUCGUACACUGCAGUGCCGGAGUUGGACGGACGGGCACGUUUAUCGGCCUGCACGCGCUCUAUACCUUUGGUUGUGACAAGAAGCGUGUGGACGUGGCAGAGUUCGUCAGGAAAAUGAGGGAUAACAGAAUGCUUAUGGUCCAGAACGUAGAACAGUAUCGGUUAUUACACAUAGCUCUGCUCGAGGCGUUUAACUACACCGAGUCCUCAAUAAAGAAAUCCGACUUUACCAAACGUUACAACGAUUGUAUAAAUGAACAGACAAGCUUCAUCACUAAAGAAUUCCAGCUCCUUCAGUCGAACAAACCUGCGUAUAGUGACCAACACUUCACGGCAGCAAAGGCGCCAGAAAACCACGGGAAAAAUAGGUCUGAGGAAAUCCUGGCAGUUGACAAAUUCCGGCCCUACCUGAAUACGUACGUGGAAGGCACGACAGAUUACGUGAACGCGACAAUCGUCCCGUCAUGCAAGGCCCAGGGGAGAUACAUCGUGACGCAGGCCCCAUUACCGGCCACUGUUGUUGACUUCUGGCGCCUCAUCUACGACCACGACUGUUACACGAUCGUCGUACUCAACUCGCCAGACCAGGAACUAGAGGGAUGUGUUGGUGUUCCUCAGGCGAGCGGCGUAUGGUGGCCAUCAAUGGGGGAUUCCGUCAGCUACGGUUCACUUACCAUCACCACCACCUCGGUCAAGGAGGUUGGGAAAGAAAUCACAGAGAAAACAUAUGACAUCAAGAAAAAGGGUUUCGGAGAAGCGCGUGCUGUUAAAUCUCUCCACAUGGGAGAUUGGACUUCCGGUCAAUAUAAACCGGCUUCAAUAGAAACGCUGUUGGAACUCGUGGACUUGAUGGAGGCCUGGAAACGGAAGUGUCUUUGUCACACUGUAGCGGUGCAAUGCACAGACGGCGCACUAUGUAGCGGGGUGUUUUGUGCAGUGAGUCUUGCGCUGGACGGACUGCGGUUAGAACAGGAAGUUGAUAUUUACCACACUCUUAGAAGACUUCAUGUACGGAGACCAGAGUUCAUUAGGAAUGAGGACCAGUAUCGAUUUAUUUAUGACGUCAUCGCUGAAUACAUUGAGUCCCGAGGGAUCUACGGAAACACUUAAACUUGAUUACCUGGAUCAGAUCAAAAUCAAACUUUGACCUGCCCAAUCUUGUUUCGACAAUGGGCCUACGUGACCGGAAAAAGCCAAACCGGCAUCAAGGACAACAUAUUUUGAUGCACGGGAAAGAACAAUGUGUCAGCGUUUUGUCUCGUGCCUUGCAUGGACCAAGUGCAGCGUGCAAGAAACGAAUAUAUCAGCUGCACUACAUCCGUGGAUGGUGUUAAUCUUGUUUUAGAAUGGUUUUAUUACUACACAGAAACGCAGACGAUCUCCGCGGAGCUACCAAUGCUCUCCCGGCGAUUUUAUGAUGAUAACCAUAUCAUUGACUUGGAGGAAAUCAUUCCUACUAUCCCGAUGUUAAUCUAGAUUUUGUCUAAGAUUAGUCAAAUUAUCUCACAAAGAUAUACUGCUGCUGCCUUCGACCCUUCUAUUACAUUUCACAAGAAAUCCAUACAAUACUGAGGACUAUAUAGCUUGACUGGAGAACAAAACGUAAUUAUUGAUGAGUAUUUUGAUUUACCCCCUCGACCUUUCUUCUAAUUGCUGGGGACAAUUACUGACCAUGAUCCUGGCGACAGUCUUCCGACGAAAUCCUUGAAUUGUAACGACCGUAUCGUUGGAUUGAAAGAAACGAACUCAAUCUAUCUUAAGAAAUGAAUGACUAUUUCGAUGUAUGUUCGCGACCUUUCCUUAAUGUUGAUGACAUUUGUUACUUUUGUGUUUCUUGGUGAAAAUCAAUUUAUAUACAACUGUGCGACCUGAUGUGGUAUGUUGCAGUCCGACCACAUCGGUGUAUUGUAGCGCACCGGGCUUUAUCAAUGUACUGUAGUCUGGCCCUCUCUAGUUUGAAAUCAACAUCUCCGGACUCUACCUUAAUGGAUCAUUGAAGAUAAUUUCACGCUUAUUUGCCUUUUAUGUGUUAUUUUCAUAUCCUUACAUAAUUACAACAAUCAGUGUUAUAGUUUAAUGACAGAAGUAAGGUGCUGUUACAUACAGUUGACAUUUGAGGUCGUGGGUUCAGUGGCAUUUUGCGAUCAUUUUUCACAUAAUAAAUGUAAUUCGAGAACUAUUUAUGCAAUGUAACGAGGUACUCUUUUCAAAGACAUUCAACAAGAUGGCAAGGUCACAGUUGGACGUUGGAGGUCAUAAUAAACAUACUAUAUAACAAUUAAAGACGCUUUGAUGAGACGAUAUAAACAAGAAAAUCAUCAUCAUUCCUGAUCUUAUAUUGUAUAUUAACUCAUAUUGAGCAUAGUCACAGUCUGUAGGGAAUUAAGUUGUCACACGCGUUGGGGAUUUGUUUGCCGUAGCGUUGCUGUCCUUUGCCACACUUGAAGAGGAAGUAUGUUGUCCUUUGCCACACUUGGAGAGGAAGUAUAUCAGACGUACCGAUAUACAGACUUUGUGGAGGAUUUCAUCACCAGAACCGUUAACUAUAGUGCUAUUAACUUUUACAAUAAGAACCCUACAAUUGUACAAAUGACACACUAUACUCUCAUUGUCGUAUUUCUAACAUGUUGGCCGUACCUAUAAAACGCAAUGUAGAAACGUUAGUAUCUAUACCAGCUACCUUGUAUAAGCUUGUAUGAUGAACAAAAUGCUAUCUUUACUUGUUAGUGUAGAUUUUGUUUUGUUAUAAAACUUGUACACUUAACAAAAUGUAUUAAGCAUUUAAGUGCACGAAAAUAUGUUCAAUACACUAUUGUCAACGUUGCUUGUUCCGAUUAACUUAUUGUUUCUCGACUGUAGAUAUUUAUAUAAUUGUUGAUAUCUUAUUUGUUCUGUUUUAACUCCUGUACAUUUCAUUAUAGACGUGCACGAUAUAUAACAAUAAGAAACCCGUGUAAUAUUUUUAUCUAUCACUCUUUUUUCAUUAAUAUGUGAACAUCGUUAUUGUUUCCACGUAUACCUAAUUACAAAUAUGUUUUUUUUAUGUUUGUAACAAGGACUCCGAUUGGCUCAUCAGCGAAGAAGAAAGCUGCGAAAGCUAAAGUAUUUCAAAAGAGUCUGAAACUUUUAUGUUUUUUUUUUUAUAUUUUUAUUUUGAGUUGAUGGAAAUUGGAGUUAUUUCGAUCGAAGCUGGAAUUUUCCAAUAUUCAUGAAACAACGAUUAUCUGCUUGUGAUAUAACACCUUAUACAAAUGACGUCAAAAAUGUUCAUGGGAGAGAUUGUCAAGAUUUUGUUAUUGUGUAUGUAAUAAAAAUACAAAUUUAAAGUAAAUAUGUGUAUGAAUACAGCUGUGACAAUAGUCUGACGGGCGAACCACUGUGUCCCAACAAAUGAUACGCCUGAGUGAUUACUUGACCUACAUACCCUGUCAACUACAAAUGAUGUACAUUCUACAAAACUGUUAAUGGUAAUCCUAUCGAUAAACUGACAGCAAAUGUUUACGAAACUGGAAAAUAAAUC